CUACUAAAAUCUCAUUGUAUUUAAUACAUAUCUUUCAAGAUUGCUAGGAGUAAAAGAAGGUGAAGAGCACAAAUUAAGAAUUCUAUAUCGAUAAUGGAGAAAUCACAGCUUGUGUUCGUCCCCUGGCCUUCCGUUGGCCAUCUUGUAUCAGAGAUGGAGGCAGCCAAGCUUCUUCUUACUCGCCAUCACCAUCUCUCCAUCACUGUCAUUAUCCUUAACCAUGCUUUUGUCGACUCCAAAGUUCAUAACUAUAUUGAAUCACAACAAGCUUCCUCCUUAAGCAUAUCCAAUCGUCUGCAAAUCAUUUAUCUGCCCAAAGACGAGACUGAAUUAUCUAGUUUCUCUUCUUUCUUUGAGAGACAAAAACCCCAUGUCAAAGAAGUUGUGUUGAAGGUCACUCAGUCCGAGUCAGUGGUCGACUCGCCUAAGUUGGUUAGUUUUGUUGUUGAUAUGCUGUGCACGCAGAUGAUUGAUGUAGCCACUGAAUUUGGUGUUCCGUCGUAUGUUUUCUUUCCGGCGAGUGCAGCUUCACUUGGUUUAAUGCUUCAUGUGCAGAAGAUUCAUGAUGAAGACAAAUUUGAUCCCAUUGAGUUCAAGAACUCGAAAGCUGAGUUACAAGUGCCGAGUUUGAUAAACCCAUUGCCUAGUACAGUUAUGCCUGCUGAGAUGUUGAGCAAAGAGAUGUUUCUUUUCAUUCUUAGCAACGCAAGAAGGUAUACAGAAGCAAAAGGAAUCAUGGUAAAUACAUUCAUGGAGCUUGAAUCUUAUGCGAUUGAGUCUUUGAAAAUGCCUCCCGUUUACCCUGUGGGACCCAUUUUGAAUGUGGAAUCAGACGGUAGAAGCAUAAAUCAGGAGAUCAUGCAAUGGCUUGAUGAUCAGCCUCCAUCAUCAGUAGUGUUCCUGUGUUUUGGAAGCAUGGGAUGUUUUAGUAAAGAUCAAGUGAAAGAAAUUGCUUCUGCACUAGAGCGUAGUGGUCAUCGAUUCUUAUGGUCCCUCCGACCACCACCUUCUGGUAUCGGAGCAUCCUCCCGUGAGGAUCCACAACAAGUAUUGCCCAAAGAAUUCUUAGAUCGAACGGCUGGGAUGGGAAAGGUGAUAGGGUGGGCUCCACAAGUGACUGUCUUAGCCCAUCCAGCCGUAGGAGGCUUCGUUUCACAUUGUGGAUGGAAUUCUGUGUUGGAAAGUAUAUGGUAUGGUGUCCCAAUUGCCACGUGGCCAAUGUAUGCUGAACAACAAUUUAAUGCCUUUGAAAUGGUGAUGGAGUUGGGAUUAGCAAUGGAAAUUAAAAUAGAUUAUAGAAAUGACAGUGGAGAAAUUGUGAAAUGUAAUGAAAUAGAGAGAGGAAUAGGGUGUUUGAUGGAGCAUGAUAGUAAUAUAAGGAAGAAAGUCAAGGAGAUGAGCGAGAAGAGCAAAAGAGCUUUAAUGGACGGUGGAUCUUCUUACUUUUAUUUAGGUGAUCUCAUAAAAGAAAUAAUGGAUAAUUGAGCACAAAAGUUUCUUGUAGGGUUUCUACAAUCCUUCUGUUUGAUUUCGAAUUA